UCCGCCCCUUGGCUCGAGGGCGGGAGGCAGUGGCCGUAAAUCGCCGACUAGGCGAUUUUUCGUGGGUUUUUUUUCUUGGCGGGAAAAGGGUUCUCAGUUUGUCUUCGCAGUUGAAAUAAAACGAAUCAACGGUCAGGGAGGGGGCUGGGCUCGGCUCCGAGUCACGUGACCAGGCUCUGGGCUUUGCGGGGUGGCGUCCCUGACUGAGGGAAGCAAGAGGCACGUGCCACCUCGGGGUUGUAGAGCAGGCGUCGGUCACUGAUGCCCCUUGUUUUAAACGGGAAUUGGGGCUUGUGGACAGUUAGACACGGAAGUCAAUGGCAGCCCGUGGCGGCGUGACUGGAAAACAAGAGGGAGGUAGUUCAGCGUGUUAGGUUGCAGUCAGUCAGCGGGCAGUGUAGGUGUGCACACCUACCUACAGACUAACUCAUACUGACUAAGCCUUACUGAUUGCUUUUUCGCUAUGAAAGCCAUGGAAGAUCAGGUGGUACAGGAAGAACCAGGAUACCAGGAUGAUGAGGAAUCCUUUUUUCAAGAUAUUGACCUGUUACAGAAGCAUGGAAUUAAUGUAGCUGAUAUUAAAAAACUGAAAUCAGUGGGAAUCUGCACUAUCAAAGGGAUCCAGAUGACAACCAGGCGGGCAUUGUGCAAUGUGAAAGGGCUUUCAGAGGCCAAAGUGGAUAAGAUCAAAGAAGCAGCCAACAAGCUUAUUGAACCGGGAUUCCUGACUGCCUUUGAAUACAGUGAGAAGCGGAAGAUGGUAUUUCACAUCACCACUGGGAGCCAAGAUUUUGACAAACUGCUGGGUGGUGGGAUUGAAAGCAUGGCUAUCACAGAGGCCUUUGGUGAAUUCCGAACAGGUAAAACCCAACUUUCCCACACUCUAUGUGUGACAGCUCAGCUUCCAGGAGCAGAUGGCUACACAGGAGGGAAGAUUAUCUUCAUUGAUACUGAAAACACUUUCCGUCCAGAUCGUCUUCGUGACAUUGCUGAUCGUUUCAGUGUGAACCAUGAUGCAGUUCUUGACAAUGUGCUGUAUGCUCGUGCAUAUACCAGUGAACAUCAGAUGGAAUUGCUUGACUAUGUAGCAGCAAAGUUCCAUGAGGAAGCUGGCAUCUUCAAGCUAUUGAUCAUUGACUCCAUUAUGGCACUCUUCCGUGUGGAUUUUAGUGGCCGUGGGGAGUUGGCUGAACGGCAACAGAAACUUGCUCAGAUGUUAUCAAGGCUCCAGAAAAUCUCAGAGGAAUAUAAUGUGGCUGUGUUUGUGACCAAUCAGAUGACUGCAGAUCCAGGGGCAACUAUGACUUUUCAGGCAGACCCUAAAAAGCCCAUUGGUGGCCACAUCUUGGCCCAUGCUUCAACCACAAGGAUCAGUUUACGGAAGGGGAGGGGGGAGCUGCGCAUUGCCAAGAUAUAUGACAGCCCUGAGAUGCCUGAAAAUGAAGCCACGUUUGCCAUAACUACUGGAGGAAUUGGGGAUGCCAAAGAAUAAGCAGAAACCUGGCAAAAAUCUCCAUCUGAAAACCGCCCAGAUAAAGCCAAAGUAUCCAAGGUUACUGACUCCCUGAUUACUUUGUAUUUUUCAGGCUCAGUUUUGGAUAUUUAGAAUUGGGAGCACACUAGAAAGUUAUUAGAAGAUCAUAUUUCAAUGAUCUAAACAGGAACUGGUUCAUGUUAUUUCUUUUUUUUAAAUGAAAUUUGCAGCACUCAGAAAUUUACAAAGCAAAGAAACUUGUGACUCGUUCAAGAAAUGUCUUCUUUAGGGUUUGUGAGAAGUAAAGCUGUUUUAUCUUAUGGGCUUAAUGGGACCUUUCAUAGUUUCUUGGAAAGAGAAUGUCUGUGAGAUAGGGUGUACACAGCAUGGAAUAAAACAGCAUUGAAACAAACAUGGUUUAAAAAAAUGAGUGGUUAAUACAUAGAGGGGAAAUGUAGUAGACAGCAACAGGAAUACAGGAACUUGCUAGAUCUCAUUGAGAAUAGAAGAAUGAUAGUUACUUGAAGACAAUUUUUAGAAAUUUUAAUCUUGAUUAAUUAGUGAUUUAUUUGUAUUUAAUUCUGUUUUAGAAUAUUUAACAAUGUUAUGUAUUUUCAUGUUAAUGGAAAAUACCAAAUUAGAACAUCUCUUCCCUAUGCUUGUGUGCAAUACAUAUACUUUAAGUCAAAACCUGAUCACCUGAACUGGCCUAUUAACUUUGUUGUGAGAACUUCAGUGGGCAAACUAAACAGGAUGUAGCCCAAUAUUUCAAAUAAAUAAGCAGAAAACAAAAUGUGUAAAUUAAAGAAACAGUCCAUGUUUAACACUUUGAGGGAUUUUUAGCACCUAAUAGCAAACCCUCUUUGCAGCCAAAAAAAGAGCCGAAUGGGAAGCCAACUUUAGCGCCUGGCUUGAGGGUUUCUGUUCACCGCUAAAAAGGUGCAUUUUUAACAGAGUAAUUGAAGUACAAGUGCUAUCAUAAGGCAAAAGCACAGAGAUGACAAAUCACUUUAGUCUUACUGCAAGGAACUCAUUGUGGUUGACUACUCUUUCUUGAUGUUGACUUCAAUGUAUUUGCUUCGCAGUGAGACUACAGUGCGUCCUCUUCACUAUAGUAUUUACCUUGUGAUAGGUCAUAGUCAUCAAUUAUUUUGAGGCAAGAAACAAAACUUUUUAAAAAGUUAAGUCAGAUCUAGAGAAAAAAUAAGGCAUACCCUUUUCAUGACUUGCUCAGUCAGUCGUUUCCUGACUUUUUCAGAGUGAAAAGAGAGAGAUUAUUUUAUAAACCAUUUCUCUUCCCAUUCACAGUUACAUAAUACCUAUGUGGCAACACGAACAAUUACUUCUUUUUAGGAAAGGAACAUUAGAAAUAUAUAUAAUGUAUGGUUUGAAUUCUUUAAAUGCAGUUCAGGGAAGGCUGCCAGCAUCAUGUGACCAGUAGAUGACAACACACAUCCUAAAACACAGGAUAAAAGAAGCCCCAGCUUAAUGCCAAAGAGGCAUCCCUUUGAGUAUAACAUUGCAGAUAGUUUAGAUAACUUCUCUAUUAAAAUGUGGACUCAACCAGAAAACAUUUGAGAACCCCUUAGCUACACAGUUUGAUCACAAAGUGGACAAAAUAUAAGAUCUUGACAUCAUAUACAAAUACUGAUGAUCAAUCAAGAAUUUAAUAAAUGUAACCUGGUCUAGCAUGAAUUUAAAUACCAGGCAGGCCACUCACCUAUGUAGCACAUAAACAAGCAAUAAAAUAAGCUUUAAUACACGAGAAAAGUGUAUUUCCCACUGUUUUAUGGAUGGGUCAGGGAAUAAUCUUCAAAAUCGCUCUCAGAUUUAAUCAUAGUUCAAUUAGUUGUCAAAUAGGAGGUAGGCCCAUUUUUAGUCUUGAGGAAUACCUGACUAUUGAAUAAAAUGAUUUCAGUGGAGCAUCAACUAUUUGGGAAGUCAGUUAACUAGAAAGUGUUGUAUUAACAAAAC